AUGACCUCUCAGAAAAUUGCUAUUUUGUCUGUCUAUGACAAAACCGGUCUCCUGGAUCUCGCCAAAGGUCUCAUCAAAAAUGAUGUCCGUCUUCUGGCUUCCGGAGGCACGGCUAAACUGAUUCGAGAAGCCGGUUUCGAUGUCGAAGAUGUCUCCGCCAUCACAAAAGCUCCCGAAAUGCUUUCCGGUCGCGUCAAGACCCUUCAUCCUGCUGUCCAUGCCGGAAUCUUGGCACGAGAUCUCGCCUCCGAUGAGAAGGACCUUGCCGAUCAGAACAUCAACAAAGUGGAUUAUGUCGUCUGCAACUUAUAUCCGUUCAAGGAUACCGUCGCCAAGAUCAAUGUCACCAUCCCUGAAGCCGUGGAAGAAAUCGACAUUGGAGGUGUCACCCUGAUUAGAGCAGCCGCCAAAAAUCAUACCCGAGUCACGGUCCUCAGCGAUCCUGAGGACUACCACCAUUUCCUGCAGGAGCUCGACAAGGGCGACAUACCAGAAGAAAGUCGUCAGAAGUAUGCUCUCAAGGCUUUUGAGCAUACCGCCGACUACGAUGCGGCCAUCUCAGAUUUCUUCCGCAAACAAUACGCCGGCAAUGGGAUUCAACAGAUCUCCCUCAGAUACGGGGCCAAUCCUCAUCAAAAGCCUGCUGCUGCGUUCGUCCGCAACGGCGAGCUUCCAUUCAAGGUCCUGGGGGGAUCACCUGGGUAUAUCAAUCUUCUUGACUGCUUGAACGCCUGGCCUCUCGUCAAAGAACUUAAGCAGGCCCUUGAAUUACCAGCUGCGGCCAGUUUCAAGCACGUGUCUCCUGCUGGCGCCGCUAUUGGUGUCCCUCUCACUGAAACGGAGCGAAAAGUCUACAUGGUUGAUGACAUCCGUGGAAUCGAGGAGUCCGGUUUGGCCCAAGCAUACGCCCGAGCUCGAGGCGCAGAUCGAAUGUCUAGCUUUGGAGAUGUGAUUGCCCUUUCUGACAAAUGUGACGUACCCACCGCUAAGAUCAUCUCGCGAGAGGUCUCCGAUGGCGUAGUUGCACCAGACUAUGAUCCGGAGGCUGUCGAAAUCCUGAAAAAGAAGAAAGCAGGUAAAUAUCUAGUAUUGCAAAUGGACGAGACGUACGAACCUCCCGCACAAGAAACUCGCACCGUAUACGGCAUUCAGCUGAGCCAGGGACGAAAUGACGUGAAAAUCUCUCCAGAUGAGUCUUUCAACUCAAUCAUCCGCCCAAAAGACUCUCCCCAAUUAUCCGCCUCGGCUUUGCGCGAUCUCACAGUGGCCACUAUCGCCGUAAAGUACACCCAGUCAAAUUCCGUCUGCUAUGCGUUGAACGGUCAGGUCAUCGGUCUCGGUGCUGGGCAACAAAGUCGCAUCCAUUGCACUCGAUUAGCUGGUGACAAGGCGGACAAUUGGUGGAUGCGAUUUCAUGAGCGAACUCUUUCAAUACAAUGGGCCAAAGGGGUCAAGAGACCCGAAAAGUCCAAUGCCAUCGACAUGCUUUGCUCAGGUCAGGUGCCACCUCCCAGUGAAUUUGAGACGAAAGACUACGAACGUAAUUUUGCCGAAGGCGGUGUUCCGAAGCCAUUUUCUGCCGAGGAGAGACGGGAGUGGCUGGAUAAGUUGAGCGAGGUGGCCGUGUCGAGUGAUGCUUUCUUCCCGUUCGUCGACAACGUGUACCGGGCUGCUCGAAGUGGCGUAAAAUAUAUUGCGGCUCCAACAGGUUCACAGAACGACGGUGCUGUCUUUGAAACAGCUGAAAACCUUGGGAUCACAUUUAUUGAGCAGUCAGUGCGCCUGUUUCAUCAUUGA